AUGGCCACCGUCUCCUCCGCAACGCUUGCCCGCCAAUCUCUUGAGCUUCUGAAGAAAUACACGGCAUGCGACAUCGCCGAUGCCCUCCUGAAACUGCACGUGCCCAAUGCAGGCUUUCUUUCCGAUCUGAAGCUGUAUGCACCUUCCGGCGCCUCCACAAACGGCCAGGUUACUAUAGCGCCAGCUUCCACUAUUGUCUUUGCCUCAAAGAGUGGUCGAGACACUACUCAACUUCCUCCUGGAAAUAUUCCGGUCGGCCGCCAUUAUGUUGAUUUGACUGAGCCCGAGACCAUUGUUGUCCUAAGCCAACCCGACGGUCAGAGAUGCGCUGUCCUGGGUGGGAUUAUGGCGUUGAGAAUGAAGGUUCUCAAUGCCAAGGGCAUCGUUGUAAACGGAAGAGUAAGAGAUAUGACUGAACUGCAGUCAACAGGGUUGCCAAUAUGGGCGAAAGCAACCUCAGUGGUUGGGGCAGGGGCGGAGGCCAAACCUCACGCUCUCCAAGUGUCACUAGACAUUGAUGGCACCAUUGUUAAGCCUGGAGACCUUGUCUUCAGCGACCCCACGAACGGCGUUGUUGUCAUUCCAAAGGAGAAAGUCUCGAAUGUCCUCGACAUAUUACCCGCUCUUCUUGAGGCGGAUGAUCGCGUGAAGGAAGACGUUGAGAGUGGUGUCACUGUGCAUGAGGCCUUCAAGAAACAUAGGGGUUAA